CUGGUAGCAACUACGAUAAUAUUCUUUCUGUCGCUGCAGGCCAUGAAAUUGCCGGGUUUUUCAGGAGGAAAACUCUUCUUUCUCAUCCUGAUGAACAAUUACCGGCAACCUUCCAGAGUUUGAGCUGACUAUGACAUCUAACAAAACUUCUCCAGAUGAAGCUACAGAAGUCCGCAUAAUAUCCUCUCUGCGUUUCGAUCCAGACCUCCCCAGUGCCGUGGCACAAUAUCCAAGCCAGGGAUAUCCUGAACCGCAUGACUCGCCGUACUAUCUCCUUAGAUACCACAGGGAACGCCUCUUGAAAGCUGCUGUUGAAUUUCGAUGGCCGGACGCGAUUGAAUUUCUUCAGAAAGAUCUAGCACAUUUUACCCAAGCGCUUGAUUCUUUUAUCCCUGAUCGCACAAAAGCAUGGAGACUACGCCUUGUGAUUAAUCACCAAGGUCGCUUGUGUGUUGAUGUACACCCGGCAGCGAUAUGGCCUCUACAAUGCAUGUUCAUUCCGGCUUCUUUCGGUACUCAUAUCUCAUUGAGUCAGACAUUUCCCUGGAGGCUCGUGGUUGAUACUGAAAGAACGAAACCGUCACUUUUGACGGCCCACAAGACGACAUCCCGCGAUCAUUACAACGCGGCACGAGAACGGGUCGGGAUCAGCUCUCCUGCAGACCCUGUGGAAGUGCUAUUGGUAAAUACCCAGGGAGAGGCCAUGGAAGGAAGCAUCACGACGGUCUACUUCCAAGAACGUUCUUCUAGUGAUUAUGGUAAUAAAAGCAACGCUCAAUGGAUUACACCUCCCCUAAGUAGUGGUGGUAUGAUCAGCGCCAGCAGAAGCUACGCUCUAGAUCAAGGCUUUUGCACUGAACAAGUCAUUCGAGUUGGGGAGCUAGUUCAUGGGGAGCAAUGCUUCUUGAGCAAUGCGGUCAGAGGCUUUAUUCCUGCCAUCGUUAACCUGGAUGUCAUAAAAAGUUAACAGCUAUAUUCUAUCUUAUAUACCACUUUUAGUGGGAACCAAUAGUAUAUUUAUAUCUAUAAGAAGUAUGCCAUUUGACGUUGACAUUAUUUCAAGCAGGGCGCAUGAUAAAGCAACUCAAACACAAAUUACUACUAAAUAACUCGAAAGCCUGC